GGUCGUAAAUAGGGUAGCACAAAACACAGAUUUUGGUCAUAAAUGGGGUAAGGGUUUUGGAAAGUGGGCUGUACACCCCCACCCAACCUUUCUGGAAGUACCCUCCGGGGCUUAAAUCAAGAUACCGUACCUAACUCUCACUUCAGAUUGGAAAAAUGUAUAUAUUGUUGAACCUUGGUUUUACUACUUUUGGGGAGGGGGAGAGGAAGGGGGAGGUUAGUUACUUUCGGGAUUCAUUAGCGGCCACAAUACAUUUUUUGAUGUCGUUUGCGGUGUUGGUCUCGUCCCCAUAGCCCUUUUCGCUUCUCUUAGCCGGCGAGGCCUUGGCACGAGAAAUCGAAGGCCCCUUCGAUGCGAAGGCCUCGCCGGCUAAGAGAAGCGAAAAGGGCUAUGGGGACGUGAUGUUGACCAACCCUCGUUUGGGAUCCAGGUUCUACUCUGCCUAGGAUGUGGGAACUGGGUACAAUGGAACGAAAUACCAAGUUUGGAGACAGCUGUCGAUGUCAUAUAUGAACAGGAAACUACGUUUUGCGCUGUACUUGUAAACGCGCUUAUUCCUUGAUCGACGCAAGCCUUUCUUCGGUCGUCAUGUCAAUAAUAUAUAGCCUUAUAGCUCGUGGAACUACUGUUCUUGUCGACUACACAGAAUCUACUGGCAACUUUCAGCAGAUAACAAGCUCAAUUUUGCAAAAAAUUCCCUUAGACGAUGAUACAAAAUGCACGUAUGUUUCUGGAAGUUACCACUUCCAUGUAAUAGUAGAUGAUGGAAUAAUUUACCUUUGCAUGGCUGAUGAGGAAUUUGGAAAGAGACAGCCAUAUGCAUUUUUAGAGGAGAUCAAACGCAGAUUUGUGAACAGCUCUCUGAAACAAAGGGCAAGAGCAGCUCAUGCAAAUGAAUUCAGGAGAGAUUUUGGACAAGUACUGGCCAGUCAAAUGUCUUUGUUCUCUGAUCCUGGCCAUGAUGAUACAGAUCAGAUCUCAACAGUUCGACGAGAGGUGAAUGAAGUGAAAAAUGUCAUGACUCAAAACAUAGAAAAAGUACUUGAAAGAGGUGAGAGGAUUGAUGUUCUUGUGGGGAAGGCAGAAGAAUUGGAUCAUAGUUCCCAGGUGUUUCACAGACAGUCCACAAGAUUACGCCAAAGAAUGUGGUGGCAAGACAAGAAGAUGUGCCUAAUUUUAUUGUUUGUUCUGAUUGUCAUAAUUGCUGCAAUUGUGUUGGUUGUCUUGGGUCUUGAGGGAAAGCUUUAACACAGUAUUGAAAUUGCUCAAACCUGAGUCAAAUCCAUUCCUGCAGUAAUGAUAUGCAGUUCACAUCCUAUGCUUAACUUUGGCUGCUCUGAAGAGUUCCCUCAGUAAAACUUCAGAAAUUAACAUUUUUAGUAGAAAUUGUCAAGUUACAUGUAUACAAAUUUAGAUAUUUAGCUAGGUUAUGAUCUCUUGAAAAAAAAAAGCUUUGUUUGGACAACAUCUAAUUUUCUGCUUUUAAUUUUUGUUUUCCUGGCUGUACAUUCUUUUACUUCUUAAAAGUUAUUCUUGCUUAUGCUUGAACUACAUCUGGCUGGUGUCAAUCUUUCAAGGAUCUUCAGGAAUCCCCGAAUAUCUUCAUUGACCUUAUGCAGGUUAGUAAUCAAGAUCCUCACUGAUCCUUGCCCAGAUCCUACAAAAAUUUUAACAAUCUUUACAGUUCUUGCUUCUUCUUAAGGAUCUUUAAGGAUUUUCCAAGAUUUUGCUAAACAAUCUUGCCAAGAUAUUUGGAAGAUCCUUGCAAAGAUCUUUCAUUAAGGAUCUUUCCAACAUCUUUCAAGUAUUGUUUCAAACACUUUACAUUAAAGUCAAACGUGGUUUCAGUCCAGAAAAAAAGAGACAACUGGCACUUUAGGUUUCUGAUCCAUACAAUGUUUCUCUGUAGAUUAUGUUCUAACAGUAAAGCACUCAAAGAAAUAGUACUCAAACGUGAUUGUAAAUUAAGGUGUGCAUGAGCUUUUGAUUACUAUUAGCCACUGUUGUGCCACUGGUAAAAACUAUUGUCUGUCAUUGGUGAGAUUAGGCUGGCAAUAGAUUCAUAUAUAAGUACAUAGAAGAUAUAAAUUGAUAUUAAAUUAGAUUAUGUAGUAUUAGAUUAAUUAAAUUUAGAUUGAAUUUUACACUGGUAAACUUGUUAUCAGCUAGUUUGAAUCAUUGUAAACUAAUUUGUUAAUGGGCAAAGAAAUAUAUAUGCUUGAUUUUUGUUUUCUUUCGUCCCCAAUGUAAAUGUAGUUAAGCUUAGGUUCCCAAGUCAUUCAGAGUGUGAAUUACCAUGCGAAAAAGUUUUAGUUCAUCUUUUUGUAUGAUUAAUUUUUGUAUUGAUUGUAUGAUUAAUUUCUAAGCCCGAUGUCUAGAUAUUGUUUAACUAAUAGUUACAGUUGUGAAUAACUUGGGUUACCUGUAAUAAAACAUGAAAUGCUUCA